UCGACGAUGAGUGGACGAGGCAAAACUGGCGGCAAGGCGAGAGCGAAGGCCAAGACUCGCUCCUCCAGAGCAGGGCUGCAGUUCCCCGUCGGUCGUGUUCACAGACUUCUUCUCCGCAAAGGGAACUACGCAGAGCGCGUCGGUGCCGGAGCUCCCGUCUAUCUGGCGGCUGUGCUCGAGUAUCUGACCGCUGAGAUCCUGGAGUUGGCUGGAAAAGCCGCAAGAGACAACAAGAAGACUCGCAUCAUUCCCCGUCACCUGCAGCUGGCGGUGCGCAACGACGAGGAGCUCAACAAACUCCUGGGCCGAGUGACCAUCGCUCAGGGCGGCGUGCUGCCCAACAUCCAGGCCGUGCUGCUGCCCAAGAAGACCGAGAAACCCGCCAAAGCCAAGUAAAC